GGGGGAAGUCUGAAGAGAUGGCCGCCGAUGCUCCCAGGUCCCUGGUUUGCAAACUCGUGAUCGUGGCACUGGUUCAUUUAGCCCAGACCGACGGCUGGAACACAAUACCACGCAAGACUGUGAGGCACGAUGCAGUGAAAGAGGUGAAACGCUUCUCAAAGCCCAGGAUCUUCAAUUACACCACCCUUCGCCUGGACGAAGACGCGCAGGUUCUCUACGUUGGUGCUCGAGAGGCAGUGUUUGCUCUUUCAAUGGAGGACAUCACGGUGGAGGUGAAGGAAGUGAUCAUUUGGAAUGCCCCAGCGGAGAAAAAGAAGGAUUGUGUUCAGAAGGGGAAGAACAACCAGACCGACUGUUUCAAUUACAUUCGCUUCCUGCAGAACUUCAAUAGCACCCACCUGUACACUUGUGGGACCUACGCCUUCCAGCCCAGAUGCACGUAUAUUGACAUGCAAAAUUUUACUUUAAGCAAGGCGGACAUCGGGAGCGGGAAGGGGAAGUGUCCCUACGAUCCUGCGAAAGGACACACAGGCCUAAUUGUGGAUGGCGAACUGUACUCUGCGACAAUGAACGACUUCCUUGGCACGGAACCAGUUAUUCUGCGGAAUCUAGGGCAUCGCUACUCGAUGAAGACCGAGUACCUCGCUACCUGGCUGAGCGAACCAAAUUUUGUCGGUUCCGCCUACAUCCAGGAAAGUGCGAACAGCGACUUAGGAGACGAUGAUAAGAUCUAUUUCUUCUUCAGCGAGAGAGCUGUAGAGUACGACUGCUACAGGGAGCAGGUGGUGGCGAGGGUUGCCCGCGUCUGUAAGGGUGACCUGGGAGGGGCUCGAACGCUUCAGAAGAAGUGGACCACCUUUCUGAAGGCCCGGUUGCUAUGCUCAAUCCCCGAGCAACAACUGCACUUCAACAAGAUUCAGACGAUCUACAUGUUGAACGAUAGUAGCUGGCAAAACACAGUGUUUUUUGGGAUCUUCCAGGCUCAGUGGGCUGACCUGGACGUGUCUGCCGUCUGCCAGUACCGGAUAAAAGAUAUCCGGCAGGCGUUUGAUGGGCCCUAUAAGGAGUACCGGGAGCAGGCAAAGAAGUGGGGGCAGUACUCCGAUAAGGUGCCCAGUCCCCGACCUGGAGCGUGCAUCACCAACAGCCACAGGAUGAGCGGUUACAACACCUCCCUCGAGCUGCCCGACAGCACCCUCAACUUCGCCAAGGAGCACCCCCUGAUGGAUGACCUGGUGCAGCCUGUGGGAGAGCGGCCAUUACUCAUCCAGAAGAACGUCAACUACACGAGGAUCGUGGUGGACCAGGUCCUGUCUUGGAAUGGGAUUCAGUACACCGUCCUGUACAUUGGGACAGGAGCGGGAUGGCUUCAGAAGGCCGUAAUGAUCGGAUCUACGGCGCACAUCAUUGAGGAGGUCCAGCUGUUUCAGGAGGCGCAGCCCGUGGAAAGCUUGGCCAUCUCCAAGAGAAAGAAGCUCCUGUUUGCCGGCUCACGGAGUCAGGUGGUCCAGAUCCCUGUCAGUGACUGUCAGAAGUAUCAAAGCUGUGCGGACUGCCUGCUGGCCAGGGACCCUCACUGCGCCUGGGCCAACCACGAGUGCUCGGCCAUCGACGGCUUGACGAAAAAUGCUGUGGUGUAUCAGGACGUAGAAUUUGCCAACGUUGAUUUGUGUCAAAGGAUGGAGCCUGCCAAAGGGGACCCGAGAUCCAAGACCGUCACCGUGGUCGCAGGCACUGACAUCCUCAUGCCUUGCGUGUUGUUAUCCAACAUGGCUGAGCCCAGGUGGCUGUUUGAGGGCCAGGACCUGACCAGGGGCUCCAGUAGAGGCUACGAGAUCCAUCCCAAGGCCCUGCAGAUACUGGACGUGAGCUCGCAACAUGGUGGCAGCUACUCGUGUUACUCGGAGGAGAAGCACGGGCGAGUUCUAGUGGGGAACUACUCAUUGGUCGUGUUCUCCAGUCAAGCUGUGGCCUUGGAGAGCCGCUCUGCAGGCUUCAACCUCGGCUUGGUCUGGCUGGCCGUCUUGAUCCUGGGUGCGCUGAUCUUGACCUGCCUGCUGGGGACGGUCAUCUACCUGAACCGCAAGCUGAAGAAGCAGCUGGAGAAAACGGCCGAAGCGAGGGAGGCUUCGGGCUCUCGGGCCACCGAGCUCAUCCUGCCCAAGGAGCUGCCCCGGGGCACCACUUUCAUCCCCAGCCAGACCUCCAGCUCAGACGAGAAGCUGUGGGAGGCGCCCUCCUACUAUUACUCUGAUGGCUCCCUGAAGAUCGUACCGGGGCACGCCGUCUGCCAGAACGGGGGAUCGCCGUCGCACAAUGGCGCGGCCAACGGAAUCCCCGGCCAGCCCCUGCCCACCGCCGUUCAGUCCCCCACCCGCCUCAACCUGGCCAACAUACGCGGCGCCAACACCAACGGCUACAUCCGGCUGCAGCUGGGCGAGGAGGGGGCCGACCCCUUCUCCGAGGAGCUGAGGAAGAAGCUGAAGCAGCGGCAGAUGUUGCCCGACGCCAACCCCGAGGAGUCUUCGGUAUGACCAGAGGGCACGGCCCCUUCUCAGCACCCAGCUACCUCAAGUUCCCUGUAAAUAGCAGCGAGGAACCCAACACUGAAAACUUGUACAUAAUUCACGAGAGACGACAUUUAAACGCUUGAAUCCCGAACAAAAACUAACUCCAAAAGACAUACGCAGCUGAGGCACCACAGGCUAUAUCUGUGCACUCCCAUUCACUCUUACUGUGGCUGAACUUUAUCCGUACUGUGAACAAGCAGAGAGAGACUCGUGGGCUGGCGCAUGCUUUCCCUUCGUUCCACGGUUGCUCUGGAUGGGGCUGCUGCCCGGUGGUCAGCGUGACCUGCCAGUGGACGAGCGGUUACUGCAGUGACCCCACCGAGAACUGCCUGCUGCCAUGCCACGUUGGGCAAAGUCGCCAGGAUGUCCUCUCUGGUAUGACAGCAAGAGACACUGGGGCAGAUGGUGUUGAGGGGCAGCGUCUCUCGUCGGAACGGCGGCCGUCUCCCUCUGCGCAGAAUGGGAUCGUUGAACAGGAGCUGAAUGUGUGGCCAAGUCUGGAUGGAGUGAUCUUGCACUUCUUACAGUCCUGCUGGGAAAGGAAGUAGUGAAGAAGUCAGUGCGGUUCAAACAACAUUGGUCGCCGUAAAAUCGGGCAGCAGACCGAGAAGUUGGAUGAUUUCUAUAUAAAUCAUUGGACAAUCAGAGAGCGAAUUGCCAGACAGGUCUCUACCAGGGGUUAAGGAGCCUUUGUAUAGAAUGACCCUGCCACGCGGGUGGUGGGAGUUGGUUUGAAAACAGCGUUAAAGGUGGCCCCUACUGCCUGUGUUCAUGGACUGGGGCAUGCGCUGUGAACAUUCAAGGAAUGUUUAACUUGUUGGUUGCUGUUGUACUCUACACUCAGUGGCUACUUUAUUAGGUACAGGAAUGGAACCUGGUGUGGUCCUCUGCUGCUGUAUCCCGUCCACCUUGAGGCUCAACAUGUUGUACUUUAGGAGGUGCUCUUCUGCACACCACUGUUGUGAUGUGCGGGUGUCUGAGUUACUUUCACCUUCCCGUCAGCUUGAACCAGUCUGGCCAUUCUCCUCCGACCUCUCUCGUUAAUACAGCGUUUUUGUCCACCAAACUGCCACUCACUUUGGUAUUUAAUGCACCACUCACUGUUAGCUUUGGAGACAGUUGAGCGUGAAAAUCCCAGGAGAUCAGCUUCUGAGAUACUCAAAUCACCCCAUCUGGCACCAGCAAUCAUUCCGUGGUCAAAGUCACUUAGAUCACAUUUCUGAUGUUUGGCCUGAACAACAGCUGAGCCUCUUGACCAUAUCUGCGUGAUUUAUGCUCUGAGUUGCUGCCAUAUGAUUGGCUCUUUGGAUAUUUGCAUUAAUGAGCUGGUGUACCUAACGUAGUGGCCACUGAGUGUAUUUAACAAGAUAAGGAUAUGUCAGUGCUGUGUGGAGUAAUGUGACAAGAUGAUCUGCACUGUUGUGCUCAUUUGGAGAAUUAUUGUGAGGAUAGCUGAUAAUUUUUAAGGAGACUGAAGGGACUGACUCAGUAUCUGCACAUCCCAGUCACAAUCCAAUUGUGGGAGUGUGCCUGAUCCCUCUUUUGUCUUGUUUAAAAAUGUUUUAGUUGUACAUAAUGAUUGUGAAGGUGCGGAGAAGAGGUUAAAGGAGUGAGAUCGUCCUAUGAGGACGAGAGAAACCGGGGGGGAUUAAGUAUGUGUAAUAUAAAGGGAGAAAAAGUGGGUGACACUCAAAGUAAGACGGUGUCGAGGGAGAGAGAGAAAAACGAGGAACGUUUUAAAAUUAGUGUGGUGCAGAGGUGAGGUUUUAGGAGGAUCGGAGAGAAUUUCCUGAGGUCUCGCCCCGAUUCUGCUAAAGGGAGGGGGGGCAAUUAUCACCUAUUUGAAUGAAUCGAGAGGGAACAGUAGAGAAGGGUGCCAAUGACUUGGAAGCAGUUGGCGAUGAGCGGGAAACGGCAGAAAAGAGGAGGGUUGUCCAGCUCGAUGCUCUGCAGAGAGGUGACAGCCUUCGGAGUCACACGAAGCAGCAAAGCUCACGCCGACCGGGCCCCGUUGGCCUUGGGUUGAUGUGAGGAGGGGCGAUGGGGAAAAAACCAAACCCACCAUCAGAACAAAGUAGCACAUUCUGCUGUUGCGUAUGCCCAGCGCUGUGGAUCUGUGUGUGUGACGUGGUUGCGUCCAAUGUACUUGAAUCAAUCUGCAGGUGAUACACUACUUUCUAAUGUAACUUAUUGAGUUCAGCAUGUAAUUUAAAUAAUGUACAGCCUCUCUGGAGAAAUAUUUAUGAAAGUAUUUUUAUAUCAAUUUAAAGGAUUAAAAUUUAGUAAGGCA